CUUCGAUAAGUAUGCUGGCCGGGAUUUUUCCACGCUGAUCGAGCGGCCAAAGGGUGGAGAGCGCUGGCCGGGACGUCGCACAACCAUCGCCAGAGAGACGCUUUGGAAGCGCCGUGAGCGCCACUGCGUGGCGUUCAACCAUCCGCACUUUUCCUGGACGUGAUAUCAAUUUAAAGAAGUUGCAAAGCUGCAAGCAUCUCAGGAACUGCUCUCUCUAAUUAAAUUGUCUCAGUGAAAAUGACAAUCAACUUGGAAUAGUCCUCUGUGAUUUUUCAACCUCUUCCGCCCUCACGCCGCCCUAGCUUCUUGAUUGGUCUGGAUUCAUAAGAUAGAGAAGAGAGACGGUCUGGCGUCAAAAAGUGUGCAUCGGGAAACCUCUUUGAAGAUUGUUUUUGGCAAACCCACCAGAUUGCAUGAAUCCCAAUCUGAAUAUGUUGGACACUAGACUGCGAGGUAUCUCCUCCUUUUUGCCGCCAUCAUUUUUACCCCGUCCCAUGUUCCCUCUGCCCAUGAAGAUGGACUCCAUGUCCAGGGUGCCAUUGCCACAUUCGUUGGCCAAUUUGUGCCAUCCUGGGCUUCGUCUACCCAUUCAACAACUACCCAUAUCUCCCAACGGCCUCAAUCGCAAUGACCUCACCCCUUCACCAGGCGAAGAUUCUGAUGAUGAGUCCAAUUCGUCAGAUAGUCGGAAUAAGCGCCGUUCCCGGACCAAUUUCAACACCUGGCAAUUGGACGAGCUGGAGAGGGCGUUCCACGCUUGUCACUACCCAGAUAUCUUCAUGCGAGAGGCCCUCGCCAUGAGAUUGGACUUGAGGGAGUCCAGGAUCGCGGUGUGGUUCCAGAAUCGUCGCGCCAAAUGGCGCAAAUUGGAUCAAACCAAGAAGGGUCCGGGACGGCCCGCCCACAACUCGCAUCCUCAGACCUGUUCCGGAGAGCCUCUGACCCAAACUGAACUUGAGCGACGAGAACAGCAACGGAAGGAGCGGAAAUUGAUGCGACAAUUGGAGAAACAGCAGAAAAAACUGGCCGCCAAGGGUGUGGAAAUGGAUUUGGCCACGCUCCGCGCUGAGUGGAUGAAAAAGCAUUCCGAUGAUCUAGAGGAAAUCGACGUGGUCGGCGAUGAUGACGGGGACGACAGCUCGGACAACUGUCUCACCCCAAAUCCAGACCGGCCUUUAAGUGAGGAUCGCAAAUCCGAUCUGGUUUCCACUUGGCACACCUUACCACCUUUACCGUCAGACCUUCCCUCUCCAGUCAUUUCAACCUCAUCUUCGUCAUCAUCACCAUCUGUCAAUCCUUCGUUGGCUCCAAGCCCGCUUCACCAUCAUCACGAGCACACUCACUACCCACAACAGCCUUUGCCGUUGAUGGCUAAUUUGAUGCAAUCCAAGCCGAACCGCAAGCGGGCUUCGUUUAGCAUCGACAGCUUACUUUCCACCGUACAAAGGCAACAUUAGGCUUGCCAUUUUGAAUCUCUGACUCACCAACCCACCUUGUUUUAGUUAUGCCUCAAUAUCUACGUACACUGACCCUCAUCAGUUUGUCAAGAGCUCGCCCAGAAAUUGUCGUCGUUGCUUUGCAAUUGAAAUAUACUCAUGCUCUGUCUUUGUUACAAGUCCAAGCAAGUCCUCAAUUGAGCCCCUUGGGUUCGAAUAAUGAGCAGUGGUGGGAAACAAUUAUGGUCCAGUCUGGCCUAACUGAGACAUCACAUUCGAGACCACGGGAUGAGACUCUCGAACGCCUCCUUGGUUCAUGGUGAUCAUCGCCAUCAUGAUCAUCUCCACUCUCACCCCCAACGCAGUGAUCAUCGCUGAGGAAUGUCCUGCUUGCCAGCGUUUACCUAAUGAUCAUGUUAGUCACUUUGCCGCGAGCCAAACCAAACAGAUUUUGUCGAACACGUCCACAAACCUUGGGUCGGGUGGCUCCGGGAUCUUCUCGAAAAUUGUUCAGAGCCGUUUGAUUGGAACUUAGUCGCAGCAGCACUGCAAGAUCCUGGGGCCGAUUCGUAAUUGAAAAUCGAUCAAGGAACUAUUCAAUUAGUACCCUCGGCUGACUCUCCAGUUUUCGAAUUUAAUGUCUCUGUUUCGAUGUUCGACGGAAAACAAGAUUUUUUGGGUUUGGGUUG